GACGUGCAAACACAGCUCUUCCCCUGAUCUCCUGGCUCGGAUGUAGGACGGAGGUUCAGGGUUCGGGUUACUUCUCUGAUUUAAUAUUUGUCGAUCGGUCUCUACAGAUACAGGCACAUACGGACUGGAGCCUUCUGAGCAAACGAUUUCAUCACAGGGAAAGGGGGUGUUGAUCAAUAUUCUGCUAGUUGACCCUCGCUAUCGCUUAGUGGCUGAGUGAAAAGUCAACACACUAUUUCUCAAAUAAAAAAUAAAGAAGUAAAACCAGCUGCGUUAUUUUGUACGUCAUCAGUAGGCUUGAUAUACAGUAAAUAUCUCUUGAUGUCACGUUUAUAUUAUAACGUAAUUAUCGUACGGGGUGUCCGAGACGUCAGGAAGCAACGAGAGUAAGACUGCUUAUGCCUAAUUUUGGAUUUAUUAUUUACAACAGAGGUGACCAACCCUGUUCCUGGAGAUCUAGCUUCCUGAAGGUAGCGAAAGCUGAAAGCCUCUCUGAGAUACUCAUUAAAAAAAAUGCACUAGCUGUGCAUUAUAAUACUAUUAGCUAGUGAAACUGGCGGGUGGGGAAAAAAAAAUGCAAAAGUAGUCAUGUGAAUGAAAAGGAACCUUGAUUUCACUGAAGUCUGGCUGAAGUCUGUGUUAUUUAAAGGGACCAUGUGAGAGAAACACUGAAUGACUGUGUCAAAAAAGGAGGCAAGGGUUCCAGAUUGAGCGUUUUACCUCCGCUGACUAUUACCCUGUAGUAACACAGAUAACUUUAGCUGCUUGUAGGAAAGUCCAGACACGCAUACUUAGCAAUAAAUAAAUAAGAUAGACUCAUAAAAGACUUUCCAUUUCACUCAGACCUUCAGGUUGGGAAUACGCUCUCUGCCAGCGCGAACAAGGCUGCAGUACGAUUUGAUAAGGUUCGUCACGUCGCCUCGUUGAUUUUUAAAAUUUUUUGGCGAAUUUUUCCACAAGGAGACGUUUAUUUUAACGUGUACGGAAGGAGUCUCCGCUGUCGUCGCUUACCGUUACAGGUAAAACUGUAACUUUUCCCACACAUAACAAGCUGUGUUUUAGAGAGAGAGAGAGAACAUCACACAACAUCACCACGACAUGACAGCGUAAGUAUAAACGGAUAAAAAGUAAGCGGUCUUGUUCUGGAGGCGGUGUAACGUCGUAACCACGUAUAGAAACGCCGUCAGAAACACCCGGGUGUUGAUCGUUUUCCUGUACAAUCAUGUGAUUGUGUAUAAAUGAAAGUUGGAAAUGGUUUGAAUGAACGGAGGAAGGUUGUAAAGUCUCAAAAGGUGUGUGUGUGUCUGUGUGUGUGUGUGUGUGUGUAAAAACUACAGUCUCUGGUAGGGUUACAUGGUUUUGAGAAAGAUCUGGCAACCCUACUCCAUCUCCAUUAGUGCGUUUUAGAAAAAUGGGAGGGGGUUUUCUGAAACACACACACACAGACACACACACACACACACACAUCCCUAGACUGAGCUGUAGCUGCAGCGUUUGGAGAAAAACAUGGAGGUUGUAGGAGGAGGGAUAAACAUGCCAUCGGUCAGGCUAUUUUUCUGAGCUUUCCGAGGACUGAGGAAGUAGAAAGCAGGUAAACAACACCGCAGCAACAACAACAACAACAACAAAAAAGGGAAAAGAAAAGAAAAAAAUCUCUUAAACCUUAAAGCAGAUCUGUGUGUCGAGGCGAAGCAGCAGAUGGUGCCAUGUGAAUGCCUGAUGAUCAUGAAGGUCUCACACAAGCUGCUGUUUGCUCUGUGCCCAAUGCUGGUCCUGGUCUUCAUCUACUACUCCUCCGGGAAGCUUACUCUCCACAUAUGGGGAUACAAAUCACGACCAAACGGACCAGAGCGCUACGGAACCACUAACCAUUUCAUCAGAACUUCUUUUCACAUGAUUGAGCCAGAAACGGUGGACAUCGUCUCCAAGGGACAGGUAGUAGACUCAGCAACGCUCGAUAACCAGGGCUUUCUUCUGACGCUGGACGCAAAGCUCCCGGUGGAGUUGAUGCACAGGUAUGAGAACCUCAGCACUGGAGCCUGUAAACCCGGCUACGCCGCCGCCAAGAUGACCGCCAUCUUCCCAAAGUUUGUUAAGCCGGCCCCUAUGUUCCUUGACCGGAACUUUAAGCGCUUAGCGAAAGUCAACAACUAUUUACCUCCGUUUGGAUUGAAAACACAAGAACGAAUCAUAGACGCGAUAUUAACGGCUACGAAGACGUAUGGACUCAAUCCAGAACUUGACCGAUUGAGCUGUAAACGAUGUAUAAUAGUGGGUAAUGGUGGAAUCCUGGCCAAUAAGUCUCUGGGCUCGCGUAUCGAUGAAUACGACAUUGUGGUGAGGUUAAACGAGGCUCCGGUGAGCGGGUAUACACGAGACGUCGGUUCCAAAACCACCAUGAGAAUAACGUACCCCGAGGGAGCCUUCCAGACUCCGGAACGCUACGAGAAAGACUCCCUGUUCGUCUUCUCCGCCUUCAAACCUCUCGACUUUAAAUGGCUGAGGCACAUGAUCUUCCGAGAGAAAUUGCGCGGUUCAGAGGGCUUCUGGAAGUCUGUGGCCCAGUAUGUGCCUAGGGAACCAUCCGAGAUGAGAAUUCUCAACCCUUUCUUCAUCCAAGAAGCUGCUUUCCAGUUCAUCGGCCUGCCGCUGAACAACGGCCUCAUGGGUAAAGGGAACAUCCCAACACUUGGUACUGUUGCCAUAACGAUGGCCCUGCAUAACUGCGACGAGGUUGCUGUUGCUGGAUUCGGCUAUGACAUGAACACCCCUCAUGCACCCUUACACUACUACGAGACAGUCAAAAUGUCUGCCAUCAAAGAGUCCUGGACUCACGACAUCUCCAAGGAGAAGGAGUUUCUUCAGAAGCUGGUGAAGGCCAACGUCAUCACAGACUUGACGAAAGGGAUCUGAUUUGUUCCGGCGCGAACGCUUUUUUACCUCAGAGCAGAGAACCCGAGGAUGCUGGGAAACCCGGAUGAGAUUUGUACGGCGUACGGCUGCAGAAGUAAAAAAAAGGUAUAAGUGAUGCUACCACGAUACGAAAGCAAGUACGUGCCUUCCGACCGAGACGCCUCCUCCGUCCCGGAGUCCGUCCUGAACAUCUGGAGAGACCAGCUUUUUCCGUCCUCGAUUUUACGAUUCGAGACGGACGUAAUCAGAGACCCGAGAGGCGGCGAACAGGAACUGCGCUCGGCGCAAGAAACUAGACUGAUCGUGCCUCUUUGUACGUACCUCUUUGGGAGGAGACGGCUCUCCUCUACAGUACGAAUGUAUUCACUGUGUAAAGUCCAGUGUUUUAUCAUCAUGCCUUUUAUUUUGUUUUCCGUUCACUCUGCGCCGUCCACAUCACCGGAAGGUCAGAGGUCAAGCCUUAAGUCAUAUAGUGACACGGAGUGUGUAGUGUUAAGAAUGUACGCUCAUACGGUUUUGUUUUGUUGUUGUUUCUGUUUUGUUUUUUUUUUUAAUUAUUUAUUAAGCCCUCUUUAAUUGGAGAGGAUUUUUAAUGUUUUAUUCUGUUUAACGGAAAGCUUUUUUUUUUGUUUUUAAAUUAUUUCCUUAUUUUAAUUCCUAGAUUUUUUUUUUUCCGCUUAAUUACGUUUUGUACUCUCUGUCACCUUUUUUUUUUUUUUCCUCCCCCA